GCUCCGGGCCGCUCCGGCCCCCGCCCGCUUCAUGUGGCCCGGCCCGCGGCGGCCGGCGGCUGGGAGCGGCGAGGCGGCGGCUGGGAGCGGCGGCCCGCGAGGCCCGGGAGGUGGUGGUGGCCGAGGCCCAGGCGGCGGCGGCGGCGGCCCAGGAGGCGGCGGACGGGGAGCGGCGGGAGCAGGCCCGGCCCGGCUCUCCCGCGGCCGCCCGGCUGCAGCAUGCGCGUCCGCCGGGGGCUGCUGCGGCUGCCGCGCCGCUCGCUGCUCGCCGCGCUCUUCUUCUUCUCGCUCUCGUCCUCGCUGCUCUACUUCGUCUAUGUGGCGCCCGGCAUAGUGAACACCUACCUCUUCAUGAUGCAAGCUCAAGGCAUUCUGAUCCGGGACAACAUGAGAACUAUUGGCGCUCAGGUUUAUGAGCAGGUGGUUCGCAGUGCUUAUGCGAAGAGGAAUAGCAGUGUGAAUGACUCAGAUUACCCUCUUGACUUGAACCACAGUGAAACCUUCCUACAAACCACAACAUUUCUUCCUGAAGACUUCACCUACUUUGCAAACCAUACCUGCCCCGAGAGGCUCCCUUCCAUGAAGGGCCCAAUAGACAUAAACAUGAGUGAAAUCGCAAUGGAUGACAUCCAUGAAAUCUUCUCUAAAGACCCAGCCAUCAAGCUCGGAGGUCACUGGAAGCCUUCAGAUUGCCUGCCUCGAUGGAAGGUGGCAAUCCUCAUCCCUUUCCGGAACCGCCACGAGCACCUCCCAGUCCUGCUCAGACACCUGAUUCCCAUGCUUCAGCGCCAGCGCCUGCGAUUUGCAUUUUAUGUGGUUGAGCAAGUUGGCACCCAACCUUUUAAUCGAGCCAUGCUUUUCAACGUCGGUUUUCAAGAAGCAAUGAAGGAUUUGGACUGGGACUGUCUUAUUUUUCAUGAUGUGGAUCAUAUACCAGAAAGCGAUCGGAACUACUAUGGAUGUGGGCAGAUGCCAAGGCACUUUGCAACGAAGUUGGACAAGUAUAUGUAUCUGCUUCCUUACACUGAGUUCUUUGGUGGAGUGAGCGGCUUAACAGUGGAACAGUUUCGGAAGAUCAAUGGCUUUCCGAACGCUUUCUGGGGUUGGGGUGGAGAAGAUGACGACCUGUGGAACAGAGUACAGAAUGCAGGCUACUCUGUGAGCCGGCCAGAAGGUGACACGGGGAAGUACAAGUCUAUUCCUCAUCACCAUCGAGGAGAAGUCCAGUUUCUUGGAAGGUAUGCUCUGCUGCGGAAGUCCAAAGAACGACAAGGGCUGGACGGCCUCAACAACUUGAACUACUUUGCAAACAUCACAUACGACGCCUUGUAUAAAAACAUUACUGUCAACUUGACACCCGAGCUGGCUCAGGUGACCGAGUACUGAGAUGAGGAGAAAACAUGUGUUUGCUUUACCCACCACCACCAAGAAAGCAACCUGGGGAGUGAGGUCUUGGGGCUCCACCCAGGAAGAGAAUAGAAAUACAGUGUCUGAUGAAGGAUCACAGGGUUUGAGGAGAAAAUGUGAACAGUAUACACGCACAAAACGCCUUCACUGUGGAUGGGGAGCUUCCUUCAUCAGGACUGGCUUUCUAUUUUCACAAGACGGAUGUCUGUCCUGCUGCUCUCCUCCCCCCCCAACCCCCCGGUCGCCUACCCCAGCGUCCCGUCUCAGCCAGGAUCUCCAGACCCGGAACUGAGCUCUGCUGUGGUCCUGGCGCCGAGCCUGUUCCUACGAAUGGCCUUUGAAGCUUCUUGGCCUUCAGAGCAAAGAGGCAAUCCCACCACAGGGCAGCUGCGUUUUAGGAAGAGCAAAUGAAACUCCACACACCAUUCUUCUCCAUCUCUGGUGUUCUCUUUGGUUUCAUUUUCUUUCUUUCUUUCUUUCUUUCUUUCUUUCUUUCUUUCUUUCUUUCUUUCUUUCUUUCUUUCUUU